AUGCAUGCUCAUGAGGCCAUCAAGGAUGUGCACACUCAUGAGGCCAUCAAGGAUGAGCAUGCUCAUAAGGCCAUCAAGGAUGUGCAUACUCAUGAGGCCAUCAAGGAUGUGCACACUCAUGAGGCCAUCAAGGAUGUGCACGCUCAUAAGGCCAUCAAGGAUGUGCAUGCUCAUGAGGCCGUCAAGGAUGUGCAUGCUCAUGAGGCCAUCAAGGAUGUGCAUGCUCAUGAGGCCAUCAAGGAUGUGCACACUCAUCAGGCCAUCAAGGAUGUGCACGCUCAUGAGGCCGUCAAGGAUGUGCAUGCUCAUGAGGCCAUCAAGGAUGUGCAUGCUCAUGAGGCCGUCAAGGAUGUGCAUGCUCAUGAGGCCAUCAAGGAUGUGCAUGCUCAUGAGGCCAUCAAGGAUGUGCAUGCUCAUGAGGCCAUCAAGGAUGUGCAUGCUUAUGAGGCCGUCAAGGAUGUGCACACUCAUGAGGCCAUCAAGGAUGUGCACGCUCAUGAGGCCGUCAAGGAUGUGCAUGCUCAUGAGGCCAUCAAGGAUGUGCAUGCUCAUGAGGCCGUCAAGGAUGUGCAUGCUCAUGAGGCCAUCAAGGAUGUGCAUGCUCAUGAGGCCAUCAAGGAUGUGCAUGCUCAUAAGGCCAUCAAGGAUGUGCAUGCUCAUGCGGCCGUCAAGGAUGUGCACACUCAUGAGGCCGUCAAGGAUGUGCAUGCUCAUGAGGCCAUCAGUCAUUGA